UUAUUACUUUACAGUAGGGACAAAAACUAGCGGUUAUGGCAGAACUCUGACUUUGGCGGAACUGUGGUCACCAUGGUAACCUGUGUUCAGCCGGACAGGGCAGGGAAGUAAAGGGUUAAAGAGGGUUUUUUCCUGUGCUGCUGCGCUAGUCUUUUUGUUCAGUCUUUCUCUAGCGCGACAACGAACGUACUGACAGCUGUUCAACGGGAUCUUCCUUACGACUUGACACAAAAGAGAGCAGCAGUCAUGGGGAAAGGAUGCAUUGCCGCCACCAAGUACUUCCUGUUCUUGUUCAACCUCCUCUUCUUUAUUUUUGGAGCUGUAAUCAUGGGCUUUGGACUAUGGGUCAUCCUGGAUAACCAGAGUUUCAUCACGGUUUUGCAUGAGUCCUCCACAACGCUGAAAGUUGGCACCUACAUCUUGAUCGGGAUUGGAUCUCUGUCAAUGCUUAUGGGCUUCCUGGGCUGCAUCGGUGCUAUUUAUGAGGUCCGCUGCCUGCUUGGACUGUACUUCACCUGCCUCCUCCUCAUCCUCAUUGCCCAGGUGACGGCCGCUGUCAUCAUCUACUUCCAGAGAGACCUGCUGAAACAUGAGAUGUCCACUAUUGUGAACACAGUUCUGGUGAACUACACCGGUCAUAACAAGACAUCUGAGCAUGCCUGGGACUACCUCCAGAGAACGAUGAAGUGCUGUGGUUGGACUGGACCGUCUAACUGGACGGAGAAUCUGGUGAUGAAGAACAAUUCUCAGAUUCUAUAUCCAUGUUCCUGCAGAAAUAAAUCCAUCAGUGGCACAGAUAUAAAAGAAACAGGCCUGUGUCAAGCUUUGUCCCCUGAUUGGCCUGUCUUCACUACGGGUUGUAUAUCUAGUGUGGAGGACUGGCUCCUAAGGAACUGUGGAGUUAUUCUGGGAGUCUGUGUUGGAAUAGCAGUGAUCGAGCUUUUAGGGAUGAUCCUGUCCAUGUGCCUCUGCAAAAGUGUCCAACAGGAGGAUUACACCAAAGUACCCAAAUACUGAGAGCAAACCCCCCUUCAGUGACUCAGUCACACAUCAGAAAACACCAGUGUUACCGCCUCUCCACACCAGCAACAACAACUGGAACAAAGCAGACCAGACGACAUCCGAUCACACACACACACACACACACACACACACACACAAACACACAAACAACGUUCUUCACUUUAUUAUCCCCUUGUUUAAGAUCAACGUUUUCCGUUGAGAAUUCUUUUAUCUUUUUCUUGUUAGUGCUCUGCAGGGUCUGAAUAGCUUUAUGGUUGGUUUCUCACAUACAUAUACUGUACGCUGACUGUUUGUUAUGGUUUUCAUUGUUAGUCGAAUCUGAGAGCACUUUAGUGAAUAGAGAGUUCGAAAUGGCAAAGAGCUAUUAGCUACUUUUAAAAUAUUUUUAUAAUCUAGAGGGGAAAAUCGACACUUUUUUUUUACCUAUUAUAAUUUUUUAUUUGUAUGAGAAUUGUGUACUUUCAAUUCAGUUAUGUGUAUAUAAAUAAGAUUGACACUUCAAUGAGGUUUAUUCUUACUGAAUAACUACAUCCUAGUUAUGGCAGCACUUGAUGGCUUUUCUGCAUGUAAGUGAAGUGUUAUUAGCCGGGGCUGGGUCACUCAGGGCGGAGGCAGGUGCGGUGUGGGGAAAGAUGGCUGCGGUUGAGGAAUGCUGGGGCAAAUAACAAGUCUGAAGGCUAGAAUUGCGUAUUAUAGUGUUUCUUGUGGUUUACAUGCGAGUCGGCCUGCAUCGCUCUGUGGAUCAGGGUGUGUAUGUGGAUUUAGGUUGGGCACGUAUCCCACAGAUCCUUGCUGUAAAACAGCUGUUGAAGUAUGUCUAUAACAGGCAUUAGAUACAGAUCCUGCUGACUAGCUUCAGCUGUAGCCUGUAGCACCACAGCAAAAUCCACAGACGUAACAUCUGUCUUCCUGUUACUGACCCAUUUCAGCUCAACCAAAACAGGUGUGCGUGAAGUUGUGCGAGACUUUUUAAUCUUUGCGUUUCUUCUUUUUAAUAUUUUUGUGUCUAUGGUUUUAUUUCGAGGGAAGCUGAUCUAAACAAUGUCAGCUUUUUGAGUUUAGUAAGCCUGGUGUUGUUUAUAUCAGUAGUUGUUCUCUGGGCCGUGUUAGUGUUAGUUCAGAAAAGAAGCAAUCGAAGCUUCUUCUUGAGAAGAUAAAAGAAUGACCAAGAAUGAUAUCUGUAAGGCCAUUUCCAAACACUUUGUUGCUUUUCGACAAGAAAUCUUUCUAGCUCUGUCCUUUAAAACAAACUGCCAUUUGUGUUGUAAUGUGAUAGGCCUAGAAGAGACAGAGAAAUUAGUCAUUUCUCUUUAUGAUUUUUCACAUUUCAAGAUUAUGAAUACUUUUGAAGUCUUUUUUUUUAUUUAUUUUGUCAAGAAGCUGUCUCCUGGAACUCUAGUUUAGAUACUGAAAGCAUUUCUUUUUUUUUUCCAGAAAUUGACCAAUAUUUGGAUAACUGUGUAUUUCUGAGGUAAAGUGAAGAUGAAGGGCUUUUUACUACAUUCUAAGAUGAUCUGUUUAACUGGGAAGUCAUGUUUAUGUAGUAAGUUUUUCCAGCGACAUGUCUAUGCAGUAGUUAUAAGUUGGAUUAAAAGAAAACUUGGACAGAGUA